GUCAUACAAGUCGUGCUUGUUAAAUCUACCGGUAUUUGUUUAUCUGUUUUUUUUUUGUAAUCAAUCUGAACGUUGUAAAACUCAUUUUUUUAAUCCAAAAAUGAGCAAAACUGACCUACCGUAUCUGGCAGAAUAUGCCAAAAGUGGUCGUGCCAGCUGCAAAGGCUGUAGGUCCCCGAUAGGACAAGGAACAUUGCGGCUUGCUGUUAUGGUCCAGUCUGCACAUUUCGAUGGAAAACAACCCAAUUGGUUCCACUUCGAAUGCUUUUUCAAAAAACAAAGACCAAAGACUGUAGAUGACAUUGAACACUACGAAUCUUUGAGAGUUGAGGACCAGGACAAAAUAAAGGGCAGAGUUGGACUGUCGAGUGUUACAAUAGUACCAGACAAAAAGGGGAAAAAACGAGCUGGAGAUAAAAUCGAUGCUAAAUUGAAGAAAGAAGCUCUGAAAGAUUUCAGAAUUGAGUAUGCCAAGUCUGGAAGGGCUGCUUGUAGAGGAUGUGAACAGAAGAUUUUAAAGGAUGAGGUCCGUAUCGCCAAAAAAGAUUUUGAAACGGAAAUAGGUAAAAAAUAUGGAGGACAAGAUCUCUGGCAUCACGUUACUUGUUUUGCUCAAGUUAGAUCUGACUUAGGAUACUUCGAAUCAGGAGAUAAGCUGCCUGGUUUUAAAGGGUUGAAGAAAGAGGACCAGAAUACUGUGAUCAAGGCGAUAGUUGAAAAAAAUCAAGGUCGAAGACGAAGUGGACGCUCCUCCCAAGAAGAAGAUGUGGAGUACCGAAAGCAGAAUAAAUUGAUGUAUAAAUACCGGGAUGCUCUUAGCCAGUACGAAGGAAGCGAAUUUAAUAAACUCACGACGCUUUUGCUGGAACACAACGGCCAAGAGCAUUGUAAAGGCAGAGAAAUGACAUUGGACCACUUGGCGGACAUCAUGACGUUCGGAGCUCUCGCUCCAUGCGACACGUGCAAAGGCCAGUUUGUGUACACGAGCGCAGGUUACGUAUGUAAGGGCGAUCUUACGGAGUGGACAAAAUGCAACAAGACAGUGAUGGAGCCUAAACGGAAGCCUUUCAAGAUACCCGACGACUUGAAACACUAUACGUUCCUGAAAUCUUACAAAUAUAAACCGAGGAAUAGAAUUAUCAAAGUAAAAGUUCCUACUAACGGUGUUAAGAAAGAGAAAGAGGAGGAAAAUGCUGAGCCACGCGUUAAAAGAGAUCUUCCACCUCUAUACGAAAUGAAAUUUGUCAUUAUUGGACAUUCCGGUAAAAGUAAAGAAGACAUUAAGAAACAAGUAUCAUCUUUGGGAGGAAAAGUCGUUACCAAAAUUGACAAAACCGUCAUGGCUGUCAUUACGACAGAAGAGGAAGUGGAAAAGUUGGGCAGCAGAAUGCGUGAAGCGGAAAGCGAAGGAAUCCACGCGGUUUCGGAGGAUUUCUUGAAAGAAGCCAAAGACAAUUCAGGAAAGAUCCCAGAUCUGAUCAUCAAGAAGAGCAUUUGCAGUUGGGGAACUGAUCCUACAGUACGCUUGCCGCAGCCAGCAUCCACCAGCUCCAAGUCGAAAUCACAAAGCAUUUACACCAAAUCGGUACCAAAGUCCGUCAAGUUGAAGCUUAAAGGAGGAACUGCAGUGGAUCCAGACUCCGAGCUCGAAAAUGUAGCCCAUGUGUACCAAAGUGGUAAUGACAAAUAUACCGCUAUUUUAGGUUUGACUGAUAUUCAGUCGGGGAAAAACAGUUAUUAUAAAUUGCAGUUGCUGGAAGCUGACGGGAAAAGCAAAUAUUGGGUGUUUAGAUCUUGGGGAAGAAUUGGAACAACGAUCGGAAAUACAAAACUUCAAAAAAUGGAUUCUUUGUACCACGCCAAACAAGUCUUCGAAGAAGUGUAUGAAGAGAAAUCUGGAAACGCGUGGGGAAGGAGACAUAACUUCAAGAAAAUUCCGGGAAGAAUGUAUCCCAUUGAGAUGGACUAUGGAGAGGAGGAUGCUCAAAAACUGGAUAUUGUCGAGUCUGAAUCGAAGUUGCAUCCCCGCGUACAAGAUCUGAUUAAAAUUAUGUUUGACGUGAACACUAUGCAGAAACUUAUGUUGGAAUUCGAAUUGGAUACAGAAAAGAUGCCCUUGGGUAAAUUGAGUAAAGCACAGAUACAAAAAGCUUUUGGAGUUUUGAACGAAUUACAAACUCUUAUAAACGAAAAAGCAGACAAUUCCAGAUUUAUAGAUGCCUCGAACAGAUUUUACACUUUCAUCCCACACUCUUUCGGCGUCGACGAUCCACCAGUCUUGAAAGAUCCCGAAGUUAUCAAGCAAAAAAUCGAAAUGUUGGACAGCUUGCUGGAACUAGAAAUCGCCUACAACUUGAUGAAAACAUCAGGUUCAGAACAUACAGUCGACAGCUACUACAAGCAGCUCAAUACAGAGAUCGAUGUCUUGGAGAGAGCAAGCGAGGAAUUCCAAAUUAUUCAAGAGUACGUCAAGAAUACCCAUGCAGCUACCCAUAAUACUUAUGAAUUGGUUAUCGAUGAGGUUUAUACUGUCAAACGCCAAGGAGAAGAAAAGCGCCACAAACCAUUCCGCAAGCUUCCGAACAGAAAAUUGCUGUGGCACGGUUCCAGAGUCACCAACUUCGCCGGUAUUCUAUCUCAAGGUCUUCGCAUCGCUCCACCGGAAGCGCCCGUCACCGGUUACAUGUUCGGCAAAGGUAUAUACUUCGCCGAUAUGGUGUCCAAGUCAGCCAAUUAUUGUUGCACCAACGUCAACAGUCCGUUGGGUUUGAUGCUGCUCUGCGAUGUAGCUCUAGGAAAUAUGCACGAAAGAUUGCAAGCCGAUUACAUUGAAAAGUUGCCGAAAGGAAAGCACAGUUGCAAAGGUGUGGGAAUGACACAUCCGGAUCCUUCAGUGGUGAAGAAGAUCGGUGAUAUUGAAGUGCCUGUUGGAAAAGGAGUAUCGAGCGAUGCCAAAUCUAGUUUGUUGUAUAACGAGUAUCCUUUUUCCGAAUAUAAUUUAAAACGCGUAUGGAUAGGUAGAUUAGAAAACAGUCAAAACUUCUCACAAGCUCUGUUCAAUGAAACAUCUGUACGAGAAAUGACCAAAAGCGUCGAUAAUGCGUCAGAAGCUUUGGAAAAUUGUCGUAAAUUAGUGAAAAGCAGUGAAAAUGCUUCAGAAGCAUUCGAAAAAAUAGUCGAAGCGUCGGAAAGUCUCAACAGCAUUGGAAGUGCUUUGAAUGGGUUGGAAAAUCGUCGAAAAUGCGUCAAACGCAUUGGAAAAGUCUAA